GAUCUGACCGAUGCCUGUACGUGUGUGAGCAAGAAAUGUUGUUGAUUGCACAAUGCACAUCGUAGAAGCCUGAGGCGCCUAGCGUGGUUUCGGGAUGGCAACGGAAUGCCCUCCGCUUUGUUUGUUGUGGAACGCCAGCAAUGGAGAUGACGAAAGCAUAAAACAUCCCAUGUGCUGAUCGAGUGCUGAUAUUAUUUGCCCAGAGCCCAGCUCAUCCUCGCCGUUCAAUUCAUCAAUCAAAUCGAAAAGAUACAUUGCUCUACUCAGAGUGUCCUGCUAAAUCCUUUCGCCACCCAGAGUUCCGGCAUGGAUUAAUCCGCCAACAUGUCUCGCUAUCGUUCGCUCUCAGGAGCUUGGGUCGACGUUGAAAAGCAACGCAGGAGUAGCAGUGGCUUCUCGGAAGCCAGGCCUCGCGCAUCAUCACGGGCAGAUUUUGACUCGUUUCGACCAACACUAGAACAAAGCACAAGCACCGCCGUCCGACCCCCCAAAUAUGCCUAUCAUCUUCCUCGGCGGCGCUUCGGGCGCUAUUUCACUCUGGCAGUCAGUGGUAUGCUGUUGCUGUUCAUGUUCUAUCUGGUAAGGUCAAGUUGGACGAGCCAGUCAGAGCUUCGUUUGGGUCUGAGGAAACGGCCGCCCCGACCUCCGGCAUGGGAGUCAUUUCCAUUUUUGAAGAGAUAUCAUGGCGGAAUUAGGACCCUCGUUUCAAGAGGGGAUAACAAGCCAGAGUAUCCUGUUGAAGGUGAUCAAGAAGUACAGCGGCUAGUGGAUGCAGCUGUGGCUCAGCAGAAAGAGAGUGAUGCGAGCCUGGAAGGAGCCAAAGGCUUCCAAAAACGACAAGGCGGGUUCCCUCGAGGCAAGAGAUUCAAUCCGUAUCAAAGCUCGACGAUCACCAACGAUAGUGAAGCCAGCAGUGGGCCUGUCCCUUGCUUUCUCGACGAAAAGAGCAAGUUGAGGAUACCGGAUCUCUUAUCCUAUGCAGGCGUCCCCGAAGGUUUUCCAGAUCCUGUAAUGGGCUCGUACGAACUUCUGGGUCUGCGAGAAGACGUUUGCUUUGAACGAUAUGGUCGACUUGGACCGUACGGCUACGGCUACAGCAAAAAGUAUGGAGGAAGCGGUGUCGGUAUGGAGGGUGAAAAAGAAGGCUCAGAGGAUGUUUGGGGCGAUGAACUCGAGAUUGAUUACAGGAAAAUCAGCUGGGCCGCAGCUCAGGAGACUUGUAUGAAGAAAAAUGAGGGCAGAUUCAGGGUGAAUUCGAAGCAAGCGCCCAGCCAUUUUUCCGUGUCCUCUGCUGGAGACGACGCUCAGCUUGAUGCUCGGGAAUUGGAGGUAAGGAAUUCCACCACACAGCCGGUCGUCGAGGGACCAAAGCUCAAUCGGACGGCAAUCAUCAUCAGAACCUGGACAGGUUAUGAAUACGAUGCCGAAGACAUUUUCUAUCUCAGAGCACUCAUCACCGAGUUGACACUACAAUCCGGCUCCAAAUACGUUGUUCACUUUCUUGUUCACGUCAAAGAUGAUAGCCUCAACAUUUGGUCAGAUGAAGCUCAGUACCAAAAAGUCCUGGACAGCGCCUUACCCGUGGAAUUUCGAGGAAUGGCCACGCUAUGGUCUGAGAAACAAAUGGAGCUGGUGUACAGCGGAGUCCCUAAAAACACGUACCGCGAUCUGCCCGUGCAUGGAGCCUACAGAAGUACUUACAUGCCGGUACAGCACUUCGCCCACAUGCAUCCGGAGUAUGAAUUCUUCUGGCAUUGGGAAAUGGACAUUAGAUAUACGGGACACUACGGACAUUUGUUCAACCAGGUCUCGCAAUGGGCCAAGCAACAACCCCGAAAGGAGCUUUGGGAGCGCAAUGGCCGCUUCUACAUUCCUUCGGAACAUGGCAGCUGGGACGAUUUCCGACACAUGGUGAGAGUACAAAUCGAUCAUGGCACAGCCAGCAAGCAAAACGUAUAUGGCAAGUUGGCUGGCGAUGCUGGCUCAACUCAUCCGCUUGACGGUGCAAUGCGGCGACCUGAGACACCAGUCUGGGGACCGCUGCCACCUUCCAAUGACGGCGAUAGCACUGUUGACUCGGGUUCUGAUCCACGUCCCUCAACAACGCACGACAAAGACAAGUACAGCUGGGGUGUUGGCGAAGAAGCCGACCUCAUCACUUUCAACCCCUUAUUUGACCCUCACGCAACCAACUGGAUCCUUGCCGAGGAUGUCACUGGCUACAAUACUUCAGGCGGUUUUCCACCACGACGAACGGCCAUCAUCACCGCUUCACGCCUGAGCCGACGCUUGCUCGAGACGAUGCAUCGCGAGACCUCCAUCCAGCACCACACCAUGUUCUCUGAGAUGUGGCCGGGAUCAUGCGCUCUACACCAUGGCUACAAAGCCGUCUACGCGCCUCAUCCGGUCUACAUCGAUCGCGCCUGGCCGACUUCCUAUCUCGCUGCGGUGAUGAACAAUGGACGAAAUGGCGCUGCUGGCGGUGCACGUACGUCUGUCUUCAGUGAUGAGAGACAACACAAUUUCCGCGGUACCACGUGGUAUUACGAUGCCGGCUUCAGUCCCAAUCUGUGGAAACGUUGGCUGGGCUACAAAGUGGACAACGAUGGUGGUGAAGAAUGGGAGUUGGCAAACGAAGGUCGCAUGUGUUUGCCGGGCAUGCUGUUGCACCCAGUCAAGCAUGUUGAUAUGGUUUACGAACAUCUCGAAGGCGAGAGUGGUCUGUACUGAUCGGUAUGAGUUACAUAUAUGAGGUCAUUUUCAUGUUGAAUACAUUUUUAUUCUGGGCCACGGAAGCCCCUGUCACGAAAUGUACACAAUUAUAAUGACGAACAAUAGAUCUGCCCACGUCCAGGCUCUUCAUUCCGCCUGACCAAGGUUUUCUACCCAAACUCCACAUCUGAGAUACAUGUAGCCAGACAG